CUCACUAUGCCCGUCUCUACUUUUUUGAGUCUUAGAGAGAGAGGAAGAAUCAGAUCAAACAAACCCAGACCCAUUCCCUAACUGCACUCCCACCUAAAUCUAAAGAGCGAGUGAUUGGAGAGAAGAGACAAAGAAAGAGACUCAUGGGAUAAGACUGUAAAUACAAAACCCGAUAAAAUCAUAAACAAAUCGCCAAAGUAAAGGAAAAAAGCGGAUUCCGAACAGUAAAGUAAAAGCAGUUGAAGGAAGCAAAUGCUGCCUUUGUUCAGCUGAGUGGUUCCUACUUUCUAUGGUGCAGUAGAAUCCAUUCGCUUCAGCUUGGUGCAUCUGAGAGCUCCGGCAGGGGUGUCAUCGCCCUCUUUCUGUUCGCCUUUAUGCCUGUCUCCGGUGCUUCUUCGGUUGAAGCUGUCGGCGGAGGUAUCAUCGGCAACUGGCGGCUUCUGGAAGGAAACAAGGCUCCCGGAUGAUACUGUAGCCGUCGCCUCGCUGAUCUCGCCUUGGCCCCCGCCGUCUUUUGCGCAACUGUUUAAAUUACCAACAAGCAUAGAGGGGUUCUUUUGUUGGGAACUUGAAAAAAUGGCAGUUUGAAAAUUGAAACCCUAGGAAUCUGUAGAUUUGGUAGAUAUUUUGAGUUGUGCUAGAGAAAGUAACUGUGCAAGUAGAUGAAAUCCCUCAAACGGAAUCAGGCUUCUUCCAAUUCACCUUCACCGUCUUCAUCUUCAUCCUCAUCCGCAUCAACUUCUUGGGUUCAGUUGAGAUCGGUUCUCUUCGUAGUGGCCUCCUCAUCACCUGCUGCCUGUUCUUCUACUGAUCGAGGUCAUCACAAAUCACCAUGGUCUAGGCGAAAAAGAAAACAUAUCCUUUCGCCCCAGCAAUGGAAUAGUUUUUUCACAUCAGAUGGAAGGCUUAGAGCUGGCGGAGUUAAGUUCCUGAAGAAAGUCCGAAGUGGAGGUGUUGAUCCCAGCAUCAGGGCUGAAGUUUGGCCUUUUCUUCUUGGAGUCUAUGACUUGAACAGCUCCAAAGAAGAAAGAGAUCAUAUGAGAAGUCAGAAAAGAAAGGAAUAUGAGAAGCUGCGGAGGCAAUGCCGCCGACUAUUGAAAUGCACUGAUGAGAUGUUCAAACUGAAAGGUGGAGCAAGUGAUGUUGGAAACGGUGAUUUACUGCUUAUUCAAGGUGGGAUGGAGUCUCCUGACUCUGAAGACGCCGUUAGUGCCCGCGAAUCACUUUCCAGCAAUGAGUAUUCAGACAAUCCAGAGGAGGCAUUAUUGUUCGACAGCGGAGUUUCUAGCUCCAAACGGAUAAGUGAACUGAACUAUCUCUCUGAUACUGAAUCCUCAGAAGAUUCAGACUCCUCUUCAGAUCCUGACUCAGGCUUAACCUUGCCUUCCGUGGAGGAAAACAACACUCCUGUGACGUCCUCUUCCAAAGAAGAAUAUUCCCCCUCAACGGAGGUCCAGUCAAAACUCCAUAGUCCAGAGGAUUUUGCCACAUGGCAACGCAUAAUUCGUCUCGAUGCGAUCCGGUCCAACGGGGAGUGGAUGACGUACUCUCCUGCCACCUCAAAUGGCGCACAAGUACCAGAAGACAAGGCCCGCCGUUCUGCAGAAGCGGUCGGGUUGAAGGACUACGAACACUUGGACUCCACUAGAAUCUUUCACGCCGCCAGAUUAGUCGCCAUUCUAGAAGCCUAUGCACUGUAUGACCCAGAAAUUGGUUACUGCCAAGGAAUGAGCGAUCUUCUCUCCCCAAUAAUCUGCGUUAUAACAGAGGACUUUGAAGCUUUCUGGUGUUUCGUAGGAUUCAUGAAGAAGGCCCGGCAUAACUUCAGACUAGACGAGGUGGGAAUUCGCAGGCAACUGAACAUUGUUUCCAAGAUCAUCAAACAUAAGGAUUCACAUCUGUACAGACACCUGGUGAAGCUGCAAGCGGAGGAUUGCUUCUUUGUGUAUCGAAUGGUUAUCGUGCUUUUCAGAAGGGAGUUGACGUUUGAUCAGACGAUCUGCCUGUGGGAGGUAAUGUGGGCGGAUCAGGCCGCAAUUCGGGCUGGGAUAGGGAAAUCCACGUGGAGCCGGAUAAGGUUGAGGGCCCCGCCAACUGAGGAUCUUUUGCUGUAUGCGAUUGCCGCUUCUGUUCUGCAAAGAAGGAAACAGAUCAUAGAGAAGCAUAGUAGCAUGGAUGAGAUAUUGAGGGAGUGUAAUAACAUGGCAGGUCAUUUGGAUGUCUGGAAGCUUCUGGAUGAUGCGCAUGAUUUGGUGGUCACCCUCCAUGAGAAGAUCUAAUAGACAUCCAUAUUUUUGAUCAAUUAAUAAUUAACUAGUUUUUCCUCUUUAAAAAAAACUAGUUUUUCUUUUGGGAUUUCUUUUUUCUUUUGGGAUUUUUUGAAAUUCUCUUCUCCGUGGAUGGUUGUUGUAACUUGUAAUGCUAGGCUAAGUCUACAUAGGACUAUUGGUCUUGAUUCUUGAAAAAUACAUGUUAAAGAAUCACGAAAAAACGCAAUCUACCUCGUACUCCGUAUUAUAUUAUGCUACAAGCAUAUCAGUGAAAGUGUAAAACGCACAUUUUUGUAUUAUUCACUGUGUUUGACUGGCACUGGGAUUAAUAAAGUA